AACACGUCAGUGAAGUGAAGUGAACACCCUCACAACAGUGCAAAUUAAUCAUUCGGGACUAUUUCGGUUGCUGGUAGGUGUGUCAUCCAAACAAUGGUCUUGUUCAUUGUGAUUAAACUCUCCUUUGAAAAAGUAUAAUCCUCUAUACCCCCCUUAUCUGUCUCACGUUGCACAGAACUAUUUCCUUCAGCCAUGGCCCAUGUUGUACUUUUUUUAACGUGUUUGGAAUGUUAAAGACACAACAUGAAGAGACCAAUGCCUUACUGUCAUUUUAAUGGGCAACAGUGCAUAAACACAGCAUCAGCAGCUGAGGGGCAAUACAGAGAGCAGCAUACAUUGAAAAUGAAAAAUGCUGGAUUUGAAGAGUCCUGUUUGAAAGUCACAUCACAAUUGCUCUCCAAACAACUCAAAAACGUGGAACAACUACUACUACACACAUGAAUAUUAGGAAGAGAAUACUGGAAGAAGUCAUGCUAUCACUGCUAGUUUUAGCAAUAUGACAAAGUACUAUAGCAUUAUAUAGUAAAACUACACUGUAGCACAAUUAGGGCAACUACACUAUUAUUGAAAGUACAAUAUAACAUAUCGCUGGUUCUGUGUUUCAGUGGGGUGUACAGUAUGUUAAUAAAAUGAUUGAGGGAGCAAUGCAUGUUGUUCCAUGCACCAGUAGUUCUGUGCUUCUGUGGGGUGUAUGUUAUAUAUAUAUAUUCGUAUCAGCUUAACAUGCAGCCUACAGCACUCAGUAUUCCCAGGUGGUCUCCCAUCCAAGUACUAACCACUGUGUUUCAGUGGGGUGUAUGUUAAUAAAAUGAUUGAAGAUGCAAUGCAUGUGUUCCUAGCACCGGUGGUUCUGUGUUUCAGUGAGGUGCAUGUUAAUAAAAUGAUUGAAGAUGCAAUGCAUGUGUUCCUAGCACCGGUGGUUCUGUGUUUCAGUGGGGUGCAUGUUAAUAAAUUGAUUGAAGAUGCAAUGCAUGUGUUCCUAGCACCGGUGGUUCUGUGUUUCAGUGAGGUGCAUGUUAAUAAAUUGAUUGAAGAUGCAAUGCAUGUGUUCCUAGCACCGGUGGUUCUGUGUUUCAGUGAGGUGCAUGUUAAUAAAAUGAUUGAAGAUGCAAUGCACGUGUUCCUAGCACCGGUGGUUCUGUGUUUCAGUGGGGCGUAUGUUAAUAAAAUGAUUGAAGAUGCAAUGCAUGUGUUCCUAGCACCGGUGGUUCUGUGUUUCAGUGGGGUGUAUGUUAAUAAAAUGAUUGAAGAUGCAAUGCAUGUGUUCCUAGCACCGGUGGUUCUGUGUUUCAGCGGGGUGUAUGUUAAUAAAAUGAUUGAAGAUGCAAUGCAUGUGUUCCUAGCACCGGUGGUUCUGUGUUUCAGUGGGGCGUAUGUUAAUAAAAUGAUUGAAGAUGCAAUGCAUGUGUUCCUAGCACCGGUGGUUCUGUGUUUCAGUGGGGCGUAUGUUAAUAAAAUGAUUGAAGAUGCAAUGCAUGUGUUCCUAGCACCGGUGGUUCUGUGUUUCAGUGGGGCGCAUGUUAAUAAAAUGAUUGAAGAUGCAAUGCAUGUGUUCCUAGCACCGGUGGUUCUGUGUUUCAAUGGGGCGUAUGUUAAUAAAAUGAUUGAAGAUGCAAUGCAUGUGUUCCUAGCACCGGUGGUUCUGUGUUUCAGUGGGGUGCAUGUUAAUAAAUUGAUUGAAGAUGCAAUGCAUGUGUUCCUAGCACCGGUGGUUCUGUGUUUCAGUGGGGUGCAUGUUAAUAAAAUGAUUGAAGAUGCAAUGCAUGUGUUCCUAGCACCGGUGGUUCUGUGUUUCAGUGAGGUGCAUGUUAAUAAAAUGAUUGAAGAUGCAAUGCAUGUGUUCCUAGCACCGGUGGUUCUGUGUUUCAGUGGGGUGUAUGUUAAUAAAAUGAUUGAAGAUGCAAUGCACGUGUUCCUAGCACCGGUGGUUCUGUGUUUCAGUGGGGUGUAUGUUAAUAAAAUGAUUGAAGAUGCAAUGCAUGUGUUCCUAGCACCGGUGGUUCUGUGUUUCAGUGAGGUGCAUGUUAAUAAAAUGAUUGAAGAUGCAAUGCAUGUGUUCCUAGCACCGGUGGUUCUGUGUUUCAGUGAGGUGCAUGUUAAUAAAAUGAUUGAAGAUGCAAUGCAUGUGUUCCUAGCACCGGUGGUUCUGUGUUUCAACGGGGUUUAUGUUCUCCCCCGCAGUAGAACAGUAUGAAGUGCACAGUUCAUCUCUCUCUGGGUAAGGGUGGUA